AUGUUCGUAAAAAAUUUUAUACAUAAAUUAAAAGAAUUAAAACAAAAAUCUUUAGAUAAGUUCGCUAAUUUAUUGUAUGAUUAUGGAGGUUAUGUAUAUGAUAGACCUUGUACCUUCAUCAUAUGUAGUUUAAUAUGUUGUUUACUUUUAACUUGUGGUUUUUAUUUUAAAGAACAUGAGAAAGAUAUCUAUAAAUUAUAUUCAAUAUCGAAUUCGUAUGCCUACGAAACGAAUGAAACCAUAAACGACUUUUUUUACAAAAGUAGAAGAUGUUUUAUACUAGUAGAAUCUAAUGUGAAUUUAUUAAAACCUAAAAUUUUGAGAGAAUUACAAAAAUUUGAGGAAGGUACAAAAGAUAUAGAAGUAGAUCUAUCUGAAAUCAAUGAAUGUAAAACGAAUUCUGAGUUACCACCUGAACAGAAUCAUGUAGCAAAGGAAUUAUAUAAAACAUUAAUUCAGAGAAGUGAAGAGAAUUUGAAGAGUGGAAAAAUUAAUGGUAGUCUUUUUGAUUAUUCGGAUCUAGAUGAAAAUGGUAGGAGUGUUUUAUCUUUGGAGGGGAAGGAAAAUAAUGAUGAUAUGCUUAUAGAAGGAGACAACAAGAAUGAUGAAGACACUAGCGCGAAUAAUAAUAAUGAGGAUGAUAAUAAUAAUAAUAAUAAUGAUGAUGAUGAUGAUAAUGAUAAUGAUGGUGAUAAUGAAGAUAAUGAAGAUAAUGAAGAGGAAGAUGAAGAAAAACAAAAAUCACUUAGAGAAAAGCUAUAUAGAAAAAUCUAUGAAAUGUUAAAGAAAAAAAAGGAAAAUAUAGUAUUGGAUGAGAAUAACCCCAAUGUAAAUUUUACAGAUUAUAAAGAUGAUGUAUUUUAUCCAUAUCAAUAUAUACCACCUAUGUUAAUAAAAGCUGAUCGAUGUAAACUUCAAAAUGUGUUUGGUGAUAAGAAUUUGAAUAUAGAUUUAAGAGAAGCUAGUGAUGGAUUGAAGAAACAGAUAACUUAUACAUUAGAAGAUAUAUGUGAAAAGAAAUAUGGUGAUUGUAAUUUUAGUUCUUUAUUUUUAUAUUAUGAGAAAGGAAAUGGAUAUAUAGAUUAUCCUAUAAAAAUUGAUAAUUUAGAUUUUUAUGUAAAUAGAAGAACAUAUAAAGAAAUGAUGUUUAAAGGUAUAUUAGGUAAUAUGGUUUAUGAAAAAUCCGGAUCAAAAUAUAUUAUAAAAUCAGCAAACGCUAUAAUGACGGUAAUACCAUUAUUAAAUUCUCAUACAUAUGAACCAUAUGCAUUAGCUUAUGAGAAGAAAUUAAUUGAUUAUGUAAGAUAUUAUAAUUUGGAUGAUAUUAUACAAGAUGAAGAAACUAAUGAUGACAAUGAUCCUUUUAUACGUUUUCAUGUUUUUACCGACAGAAGUUUAGAAGAUGAAGUUGAUCGUAUAUCAAAAAUAGAUAAUUUGACAAGAUUACUUUUAUUAAUAGGUGUUUUAUUAAUAUUUAUGUAUGCAUUAUUUAAUAACGUAACUUCUGUACUUUAUAGAAGUAAACCAUUAUGUGCUGUUAUGGGUAUUUUCUGUGGUUUCUUAGGAUUUUUAUCAGGUUCAGGUUUCUUAUAUUUUCUUGGUGUGAAAUCUGUACCCCCCGCUGAAACCGUUCCCUUUUUAGUUAUUGGUGUAGGUGUUGAUGAUGUUUUUGUUAUUUUAAAUUCUUAUUCUUUAUUAUUUAUGGUUAAGGAUAAUAAGAAGAGAAUACAAAUGUGUUUAAAAGAUAGUGCCCUAGCAAUUACUGUUACGACAUUAACAAAUAUUAUAGCCUUUUUAAUAAGUGCCAUAUCUCCCUUUUAUUCAAUAUGUGCAUUUUCGUUAUUUACCGCUAGCUCCCUUUUUUUUGGAUAUCUAAUGGUCUUAACCUUUUUGUUGAGUUUUCUGUGUAUAGAAGCCAAAUUAGAAAAGAAAAAAAGAAAUAUAUUCACCGGAACCUUCCAUUUGUUUAGAUCUAUUUUUAUGAAGAAUUCUAAGCAAAACAAGAAAAACAACAGAAAAAAUAAUGAAAAUAAUAUUCAUGGUAAAAAUAAUAUUCAUGAUGGAAAUAAUAUUCAUGAUAAAAAUAAUAUUCAUGAUGGAAAUAAUAUUCAUGAUGGAAAUAAUAUGCAUGAUAAAAAUAAUAUUCAUGGUAAAAAUAAUAUGCAUGAUAAAAAUAAUAUGCAUGAUAAAAAUAAUAUUCAUGAUAAAAAUAAUAUUCAUGAUAAAAAUAUUCAUGAUGAUGAUGAGAAAAAGAAAGAUUUAUCCUUAGAAGUAAAAAAUAAUGAAGAUGAUUAUGAAAAUAUAUCUAUAUAUGAAUGGAUACAUAAUUUAUAUUUAUUUGAAGAAUCUAUAAAUAAAAAAAAAAAAAAUGCGGCAGUAGUAUAUGCAUCAAAUAAUGGUAUGAGCAGCAAUGUUAAUAAUGUGAAUGAAGAUGGUUUCCCCAAUCCAUCAAAAAUUGUAUCUAUACAAGAUGUAAAGAAAAGAAAUAUUAAAACGGAUGAUGCAUUUAUAAACAAAGAAGAAGAAGAAGAAGAACAAGGGGGCUAUUAUAAUAAAGAGGAUAAUAAGAAAAAGGAUAAAUUAGGGAAAAAGAAAAAAAAAAAUAAUAACAAUGUUAAGUUAGUAUCAAGGAAGGGAGAAGAUAAUGAAUUAGAUGUGUAUUAUGAAAAUUUGCAUGAAAAAACAAAUGAUAAGAAUAAAAUGAAUAAUAUUAAAAGUAGUAAAUUAAAAUGUGAUAAUGAUAAAGAAGAUGGUGUUAUUAUAAACAAUAGACCAUCAAGAAGUGAUGAAGAAUGUAAAGAAGAAAAAGAUAAGAACAAAAUUAAUAUACUUAAUGAUGUUUUUAAUGAUAUUACAAUAAAACCUAAUGAAAAUAUAUUGUUAGAUAGAGGAGAUGUAAUAAAAAGUAGUGGUUAUGAUUCAUCCUAUAACGAUUUACAAAGUAGUUCUCUUCCAAAUCCAUCAUCAAAUGAAGUAUUAAAUAAAACAACUAUGAUAUAUGAUGAGACCGAUUUAAUAAAAGAUGAUAAAAAAGGAAUAGAAUCUUCUAAAAAAAUUGUAAAAGAUAUAAAAAAAAAAAGUGAUAUGAUACAUGCUAAUUCGUAUGAUAUUAUAAAUAGUAAUAAUAAGAAUAUUUUAUUAUCUUCGAAUGAAAUUAAUCAUAAUAGUAAUAAUACGAAUAAAUUUAAUAACAAUUCUACUGAAUUAGCUACUAAAGAUACACAGCAAUUUAUAAAUGGACAUGAUAAAAAUAUAUAUUUAUUAAGUUCACAUGAUAAUGCAUUAUUUUAUAAGUAUAUAUAUGAAGAACCAAAAGGAAAUAUAGGAAAAUAUUUUAGAUCAUUAGUAAAAAAUUAUUAUGUACCAUUUUUAUCAUCAAGAUUUGGUAAGACUAUAGUAUAUAUAAUGUUUACAAUAAUUAUAGCGAUGUCUAUAUAUGGAUGUACCUUAAUGAAGAAAGGAAUAAAAUAUGAUAAAGCAUUCCCUGUAGAUUCAUAUGUUCGUAGAUUUACAACAGCCAAAAUUAAAUAUUUCCCUGAUUUUGGUGAUUUUAUAGAAGUAUAUUAUUUUGAUAAACAUUUUAUAAAUAAAUAUAGAGGUCUAGAAAAUAAUACAAAAGAAGUUGCAUCAUCAUUUCUUUAUUCAGAUUUAACAGACCGUCAAAUAAUGAAUAGUCCAAAAAUAAAUAAAAAUGUACAUUGGGAAAAUACGAAUUUACAAGAAGAAUUAAUAAAUAUGCAUAAUACUUUAGAAUCACAAGAAUUUGUUACAUCUAUAGCAAAUGGUUUUACAUUCUUUUUAAAUAAAAAUAAAUCAAGCUUAAGAAAAGAAAACCCACAAGAAUUUUAUGAAAUUUUUGCUAAUUGGCUAAAAAAAGAUUUUGUAGGAAAUUUAUUCAAAAAUGAUUUUGUAUUCUUAAACGGAAAAUUAGUUGCAUGGCGUUUUCAUUAUUUCCAAAAAAAUGUAGAUGAUUCAGAAAUUUCUUCUAAAUGGUUAAAGGCAUGUAAACAAAUUACAAAGUUAGAAAAUCAUAAUGUACAAAUGGUAUGCUUCCAUUUAAGUUCCAUAUUCAACGAAACCGACGAAUCUAUUAUUGAAGUAACUUUAAUUAACCUAGGAAUUACUAUACUCACCAUUCUUGUUGUAACAGCUUAUAUUAUUAAGGGUUUCUAUUCUUGUGUAAUCAUAGCUUUGAUCAUUUUUCUUAUUGAUUUAUGUAUAUUCGGGUUUAUGUGUUUAUGUGGAAUUACCAUGAAUAUUAUAUCCAUGGUUAUAUUGGUCUUGUCAGUGGGUUUCUCCAUUGACCAUACCUCACACAUUGUUCAAGCAUUUUCACACAGCAUGGGAAGAACAAGAGAUGAAAAAAUGAAAGAAAGCUUACACCUAAUGAUAGGUCCUGUAUUACAUAGUGGUUUGUCAACCUGGUUUGUUAUUAGUACUUUAUUUUUUUCAAAUAAAGAUUUUACAGUCAUAUUUUUCCAAACAUUAAGCUUGGUUCUAUUCUUUUCUAUAACUUUCUCUUCCAUGUUCUUGCCAGUACUUCUUUCCAGUUUUGGCCCUCUACAUUAA